AUGUCGUCUGACGUCUAUGGAAAGCUGGAGACAGAUGUAGAAAGCAAAGCUUCUCCCAAGAAGUUCCAUGACAUAUUCAAGCACAGACCUCACCACAUAUCCAAUCAUUCAAGCGACAAAGUUCAUGGUUGUGAAAUACAUGAAGAUGGGAAGCCGAGAGUCGCGAAGGAAAUAGUUGAAGCCAUAGAUGACGAGAAAAAUUUAAUCACUUUCAGAGUGAUUGAAGGAGACCUUUUGGAGCACUUCAAGAGCUUCAUUAUCACUGUCCAAGCUAAUCCCAAACCUGAGGGUGAGGGAAGCCUUUUGCACUGGACUUUGGAGUAUGAAAAGCAUCAUGGUGAAAUUAUAGACCCCCACACACUGCUUCAGUUUCUCUCUGAUGUCUCGAAAGAUCUUGAAACUCACCUUCUCGAGUAUGAGGCUGAGGCUGGAACUCAAGCUGUGGUUUUAGAAGAAAGAGUUAUGGUGACAGGAGAUAUGCCAUGGACACGUAAUGGUAUUCAGAUGGUAACAUACGAGUCAUGUCGGAUUUCAAGCCAUGGGACCAGUGGGGUGUUCAAGGAGAAGGUGGAAUUUGACGAUGCAAACAAGGCAGUGAUUCUGAAUGGAUUUGAAGGAGAUGUGUUCAAUGAAUACAAGCUCUUUAAGCCAGUUUAUCAUGUGGUUCCCAAUCCUAAGGGUAGAGGCAGCAUUGCAAAACUGAGCAUUGAGUAUGAGAAGCUGCAUGAGGGUGUUCCACCUCCAGAUAAAUACGUUAAACUGAUGGUCAACAUCAGCAAAGAUCUUGAUGUCCACUUUGGCAAGGCAUAG